GCGAUUUGACCCGAGUCCGAGGGCUGAGGUUUUGAAAACCCCCUCUGGCGGAGGACGCCGUUCUCUCGCUUUCUUUCGGAGCUUAGUGACGUCAAGUCUCUCUCCUGGCAGUCAGUAAGUCAGUGCGAGAGAGUGGAGCCGCUUAGAAACACACAAGUUAGUAGUUAAGAGGCAAACACAGUGAGAGUAGGUUUGAGGUACCCGGAGAGUAACUAAAGAAAAAGGGGGAAAGAGUUUGAGUUCUCACCAAGAGGAACAGUUGUGUACGUCUUGCCCCGGGAGCUGGGGGGGACAUCAGACACUCCCCGCAAUGGAUAGAGUUAUAACUUCUGUCUUUGCUGCGGUCAGUCUUUUGGUCACGGUUAGAGGACAGAUUUUCAAAGGCGAUUGCAGUUUUGAAAAUCCGUACACAACCUGUGGAUAUACCCAAGCUAAAGACGAUGACUUUGACUGGGAGCAAGUCAACACCAAGGAGAAGCCUUCCUCGGACCCGUGGAUGCCAACAGGUUCAGCCUUCAUGAUGGUUAACACCUCUGGCAAGUUCGCGGGACAGAAGGCACAGUUCCUGAUGCCACAGCUCAAAGAGAAUGACACCCAUUGCGUCAUCUUUCAGUUCUAUGUGUCUGGCAGAGAAGGUUCAGUCCCUGGUGUGCUCAGCGUGUAUGUUAAGGCCAACAAUGGCCCUCUGGGUAGUCCUGUCUGGAACAUGUCUGCGCCGGCCUCACACUCAUGGAACCAGGUGGAGCUUGCAGUCAGCACCUUCUGGCCAAACUACUAUCAGAUCGUGUUUGAAGCACUGACCUCAGGACAACAUGGACUCUUGGCCAUCAGAGAUGUGCAGCUUCAGGGACAUCAAUGCAUGAAUACCCCUCACUUCUUGCACAUAAAGGGUGUGGAGGUCAACGCUGGACAAACAGCUACAUUUCAGUGCACCGCAAAUGGACAGCCCAACGACAGCUACCACCUGUGGUUACAGGGAAUCGGUGGCCGGGAAGCCCCAAUGAAUGAGGCUAAACCAGUGAACCAGCGGCGGUUUGUAGCUACAUUUAAUGUGGUUAACACAACCAAGCAGGACUCUGGAAAGUAUCGCUGCAUCGUCCAUUCAGUCAAGGGAGUUGGAGUGUCUAGUUAUGGUGAACUGACGGUAAAACAACCUCCGGUCCCCAUCGCCCCACCACAGCUCACGGCGGUCGGUGCAACGUACCUGUGGAUCCAGCUUAAUGCCAACUCCAUCAACGGCGACGGGCCCAUCAUCGAGCGGGAGGUGGAGUAUCGCACCGUGUCGGGCAGCCUCAUCGACGUGCAGCCCGUGGACAAGACCACUCACAAAAUAGGCCACCUGGAUCCCGACACAGAGUACGAGAUCAGCGUUCUGCUCACAAGGCCCUUGGAUGGCGGCACUGGAGCUCCUGGCCCUCCGCUCCGAGCCCGGACAAAGUGUGCAGAUCCCAUGCAUGGGCCCAAGAACCUGGAGGUGGUGGACAUCCAGUCCAGACAAAUCACCGUGCGCUGGGAGCCGUUUGGGUACAGCGUGACCCGCUGCCACAGCUUCAACCUGACGGUGCAGUACCGCUACCGCGCCGGAGCCAAGGAGGAGGCCAGGGAGGAGGUGUGGCAGGACCCCGGCAGCCCCUCUCCCCAGCACACCAUCAGGGAUCUGUCUCCCUACACCAACGUCAGCGUCAGGCUGGCGCUCAGCAAUCCCGAGGGCCGGAGAGAGAGCCAGGAGCUGGAAGUGCUGACUGAUGAAGAUGUACCUGGUGCAGUGCCUCUAGAAUCCAUUCAGGGAAGCACGUUUGAAGAAAAGAUCUAUCUGCAGUGGAGGGAGCCUGCACAGACCUAUGGAAUUAUUACACUGUAUGAGAUUUCCUACAAGGCUGUCAGCUCCUUUGACCCAGAAUUUGACUUGUCCAACCAGAGUGGGAAGGUGUUUAAGCAAGGAAAUGAGACUGCUCACUUGUUUGUGGGUCUCUAUCCUGGAUCAACGUACUCAUUCACAAUCAGAGCCAGUACUGCCAAGGGCUUUGGCCCUCCUGUUAUCACUCAAUUUACCACCAAGAUAUCAGCUCCCUCUAUGCCGGGCUAUGAUCAUGAGACCCCUUUGAAUCAGACUGACAGCACAGUGACAGUCCUGCUCAAACCAGCGCAGAGCAGAGGGGCGCCUGUCAGUGUUUAUCAGGUCGUUGUGGAAGAGGAGCGUCCUCGAAGAGCUAAGAAGGCGGCCGAGAUCUUGAGAUGUUACCCUGUGCCAAUCCACUUUCAGAAUGCCUCUCUCUUAAAUUCCCAGUACUACUUCACUGCUGAAUUUCCUGCUGGUGGCAUUCAGUCUCCCCAGAGAUUCAGUAUUGGUGAUAAUAAAACCUAUAAUGGAUAUUGGAAUGUCCCACUCCUUCCUCACAAAAGCUAUAGCAUUUUCUAUCAGGCUGUCAGCACAGCAAAUGGGGAAACCAAAAUCGACUGUGUUAGAGUGGCCACUAAAGCUGCGAUAAUCGUGACUCAGCUUACAACACCAUACAUUCGCAUCGCCCCAGCUGCUGGCGACAACCAACUAACAGGUGCUGCCACUCGAAAGCCUGAUGCUGUGGAGCCUGAGAAGCAGACCGAUCACACUGUGAAGAUCGCUGGCGUCAUCGCUGGCAUCCUCCUCUUCGUCAUCAUCUUCCUGGGAGUCGUGCUUGUGAUGAAGAAGAGAAGAAGCUAUCACUCCUACACUUAUUACCUGAAACUUGCAAAGAAGCGCAAGGAGACUUUAAGCAGCACUAGACAAGAGAUGACUGUGAUGGUGAACUCGAUGGACAAGAGUUACACUGAACAGGGGACGAACUGUGAUGAGGCUUUCUCCUUCAUGGACACACACAACCUCAAUGGCAGAACUGUGUCUUCACCAUCAUCGUUUACAAUGAAGACAAAUACGCUCAGCACAACAGUUCCCAAUUCAUACUACCCAGAUCCCUUUGUGCCAACUGCAAUCUUAGUGCCAAUUAAUGAUGAAAACCACACCAUGGCGAGUGACACCAGCAGCCUGGUGCAGUCGCACUCCUACAAGAAGCGGGAAGCCGUGGACGUGCCGUAUCAGACCGGGCAGCUCCACCCCGCCAUCCGGGUGGCUGACCUCCUGCAGCACAUAACGCAGAUGAAGUGUGCAGAGGGCUAUGGCUUCAAAGAGGAGUAUGAGAUAAAUGAGAGUUUUUUUGAAGGGCAGUCUGCACCUUGGGAGUCUGCAAAGAAAGAUGAAAACAGAAUGAAGAACAGAUACGGGAAUAUUAUUGCAUAUGAUCAUUCUCGUGUCAGGCUCCAGCCCCUGGAGGGAGAACAAAAUUCCGAUUACAUUAAUGCGAAUUAUGUUGAUGGCUACCACAGGCCAAACCACUAUAUUGCUACACAAGGGCCCAUGCAAGAGACAGUGUAUGACUUCUGGAGGAUGGUGUGGCAGGAGAACACAGCCGUUAUUAUCAUGGUGACAAAUUUGGUGGAAGUUGGAAGGGUGAAGUGUUGUAAGUACUGGCCUGAUGAUACAGAGAUUUACAGAGACCUGAAAGUGACACUGAUAGAGACACAGCUGCUAUCCGAAUAUGUCAUAAGGACAUUUGCAGUGGAAAAGAGGGGAAUUCACGAGAUCCGAGAGAUCAAGCAGUACCACUUCACCGGCUGGCCAGAUCAUGGCGUUCCCUACCACGCCACAGGCCUGCUUGGGUUUGUGCGCAGAGUGAAGAAUAAGUACCCAACAAAUGCAGGCCCCAUGGUUGUACACUGCAGUGCUGGAGCAGGAAGAACUGGGUGCUUCAUAGUCAUUGACAUCAUGCUGGACAUGGCUGAAAGAGAAGGGGUGGUGGAUAUCUACAACUGUGUGCGCGAGCUGAGAUCACGAAGAGUGAACAUGGUGCAGACAGAGGAACAGUACGUGUUCAUCCAUGAUGCCAUCUUGGAAGCCUGUCUCUGUGGAGACACCACCAUUCCAGCCCUUCAGCUCAGGUCUGCGUAUUACGACAUGAACAGACUUGACCCGCAGACCAACUCCAGCCAGAUUAAAGAAGAGUUCAGAACCCUAAAUAUGGUGACUCCCACUUUACGAGUGGAGGACUGCAGCAUAGCUCUACUGCCGCGCAAUCACGAGAAGAAUCGCUGUAUGGAUGUCCUGCCUCCAGACCGGUGUUUGCCUUUCCUUAUUACUAUAGACGGAGAAAGCAGUAACUACAUCAACGCUGCGCUUAUGGAUAGCUAUAAGCAACCUUCUGCAUUCAUAGUCACCCAGCAUCCUUUGCCAAACACGGUGAAAGAUUUCUGGAGGCUGGUUUUGGACUAUCACUGUACGUCAAUAGUAAUGCUGAAUGAUGUGGACCCAGCACAGUUGUGUCCUCAGUACUGGCCUGAAAAUGGGGUUCACAGACACGGACCUAUCCAGGUGGAGUUUGUGUCAGCGGACCUUGAAGAAGAUAUCAUUAGCAGAAUAUUCAGAAUUUACAAUGCAGCAAGACCUCAGGAUGGGUACCGGAUGGUGCAGCAGUUCCAGUUCCUGGGCUGGCCCAUGUACAGAGACACCCCGCUGUCCAAGCGCUCCUUCCUCAAGCUCAUCCGCCAGGUGGAGAAGUGGCAGGAGGACUACGACGGGGGAGAGGGGAGGAGCGUGGUGCACUGCCUGAAUGGGGGAGGCCGCAGUGGGACGUUUUGUGCAAUUAGCAUUGUUUGUGAAAUGCUCCGGCACCAGCACUCAGUCGACGUUUUCCAUGCUGUUAAAACACUGAGGAACAACAAGCCCAAUAUGGUUGACUUACUGGAUCAAUAUAAAUUCUGCUAUGAAGUAGCACUGGAAUACUUAAAUUCUGGGUAACAUUGCCUGGAAAUGUUCUUUUCCGCACGUACCUGGACGAAGACACGAUUCUUGUUUGUGAGCCCUUGAAAAAGGCUCACUGGCUGAAUCCUAGACUGAUGAUUCCAUCUGACUGUUUCAAAAUGAGCUGGAAGAACUGUAAUUGAACUAAUUUGCUUGCACUGCCCAUUUUACAUGAUGACUACCAUGGCUCUACGUGUACAGCAAGAAUUGUAUGGACACAUUACUGUUUAUGCAUCCAAUCAACUGUCCAUCAUAGCUAGCCGUCAAAAUAAGGAGCACAGUGAUGUGUCAACAGUUCACUUGUCCAAGUCUUUUUUUCUGUUCCUGCCUGUGAUCCUUGGUUAUUGCCUUUAUCCUUGUUGGAUGCAAAGUGUCAUUUCCGUUUUUGUGGGGAAUGCAAUAUAGCGUAAUAUUAAUAUUUUUCUUUCCAAAUUAUGUUUGAUAUGUUAAAACAAAGCAGUAUGAUACAUAUGUAGUUAUUACCGAAGUAAACUGGCAUUGAAUUCGCAAUCCUAAAUGUUGUGCUGUUGUUGCUACAUACUGUACGUUGUUCUGAUGGAGGAGGAAGCAUAUUGGUGCAGUUCACAAACUGGCUCGCAUCUUGUUGAAUAAAAGGAUCCAAAGCUUUUUUCCAUUUGUUGAUAUUGUAAAUAUUUCAUCAGAUUAUUUAUUCAUAAAGAGUACUUUUUGUGAAGCACAGUGAGUGACAAUCAUGUUUUUCCCUCUAAACUCAAUAUAAUGUUGACCAGAUGAUAUUGUUAGACUUUGUUUAUCUUGUAUGAAUUUGCAACUCUAUUAAUAUAUACAUAUAUAUAUACCAGUACUGACUUAUGUAUUUUUUUUUCCUUUACAUAAAUACAUUUUUUGCUCUUUGAAAUAUUAAGAAUACAUUUUUAUUCACAGAUGAGGUGUUUUUCAUACAUUGAGAAAAUGGGUUGAUAACUGAACAUCUGGUAGUUUCUUUGAGAGACACUGUGCACAUAGCAAUUACACAAAAACCAAGGCGAUAAUUUGUAGGGGUGAUUAGUGAGCUCAGAUACUGCAAAAGCUCCAUUUACACAUUUUUACUCAAUGUUUUUAUGUUCUACUAUACCUUUUAACUGGUGUUGUGAUAACAUGUUUGAUACAAACAGGCUGAGCAAAUGAUCCUUAACUUUGCAGCUGAUGUGUUUUUAUCUUUUGAGAUUAUAGAAACCCGUUCAACUGACUUUGAAUAAGCCCAUCUCUCAUUUUUAGCUGACAGUGUAUGUCUUUCUAAAAGUCAACAGAAUUUAACCAUUGCCUUUGAUGUUUGGAUGCUGUGGUGGGUAAACAGCAAGAAGCUGUUCCAUUCCUGAAAAGAGGGCACUCGCUCAAGGUCAAGUUAAUGUGAUUGUAUGAAGCAACAUGAAACAGUGUAUACAAGCUGAUACUUUAAUUUGCUCUCAACUUUCUGAGGUUAUGACAUGUACAAGAUUCUUACGACUCCUUGGCCACAAAUAAUUAAUCUACGGUAAUGGGAUGAUUCCCAUUUAUUUCUCUGUCCUUAAACGUGUAGAGAGCCAUACCAAAAUUGUAUCUCUGUUUCAGUAGCUGGAUUCUAUGUACACUCAAGUGAUCAGUACUAUAAAAUGUUACCCAGAUACACUGUUUGUAACUAUUUUAUGUGGAUGAAGUGAAAUAAAACAAAACCAAAACAGCA